AUGGGAACCCUUGGAUUUUUCAAUUUUGACGAAAUUUGUUUGGUGCAGGACUUUGACCAGGAAGCGGCUGAUGUUUCGCCAUCGAUACUGUAUGCAACAAUUAACGAGGGUGUCAAAUUCAAGGAUCAUGAUACGGAGAGCGCACGGAUGCCAUCACCGCUUUCAUCCGGUUCGGAACCGAAAAAGAAGUCAUCUGGUGAAGAUGACUUUGAGCUGCAAGCGAAAAAAAGUCUUUCACUGCGCAACCGGAAGUUAUCAUUUGCGGGCUUGAGCAGUCGGGUAUGCUUCUUAUUUAGAAUUUUCUUACGAUCAUUUAACAGUGUUACUGCGUAUUCAGUAAUUUAG